AUGGAUUGGCGUUCUCUUGUUUCUACAGACGAAAGACUUACUAACAUUCUCAGAAUUGCGGAAUUAGCUCAUGCUGUUCAACCCUUUCAAGAAGUAUUAAAUCGCGCCAAACAGGUGGAAGAAAGUGUCUUUCAAAAAGCAACUUCUCGGGAAUUUUACAUUGCUUCUAUGGACCAACUCGUGGAUUAUAUGAAAAAUACUAUCGAAGAUAAAACAAAGCAACAUCUCGAACAACUUGCAGAAAAGGAAUAUAAAGAAUUAUUGAAUAGCAAAGACUCCUCAAUAAAAAGUUCAAAAAAUGGACUUGAUCAAUUAAAAAAUUUGUGGACGAGACGAAUUAAUGAAAUUAUGGAGCAGUCGCGUCGUCAACAAGCUUUUCAGUCACAGCGUCUUCAUUUAUUAUUGCAAAAUUUGCAACUUCAACAAUUAUUACAACAACAAAAGACUCGUCAAACUCAACCUACGAACUUACCUCCACUUUUACAACCAUUACCACAACCUACUAUACCAAUUUUACAAUCAACUGUACAACAACCAAUCAAUUUGAUUCCGCAACCAUCACCCACAAACAUGUUUCAACAGCAGCAAACAAUUCCUCAGUUUUAUCAACAACAACAAUCAACUUAUUCUUUUCAACACCAACCAAUGUCAGUUCAACAAUUAUUUCCUUCUGCACAACCUUCCUUUACAUUACAGCCAUUAAUCACCCAACAAUCUCUCACAAUGCGGUCGACUGUUCCAUUAACCAAGCAAACAAAGUCAGAACAAUCACAAUCAUCACAAUCAUCUUUACCUCGGGCUUAUUGCCUCGUAAAAGAUGCUAAUGUGCAUAAAGAGGAUUUUAAAGAAGCUUUGAAAUUACCGAUAAAUGAACAAAAGAGACACCCUCCACCUGGUGCACCUGUGAUACCGGUACAUGCUCUAAAAGUUGAAGGCGUUCAUGCCGAUACUUCUUCCCAGAGUUCAACUAUCUGUAGGCGAAUUAUCGAGAUCCAGGCUACACAAAGAUUAUCUCGUGGCGCAACUCUCGCAUGGUGUGGUACCAA